AUGUCCUACGCGGUUGAGACCAAAAAGCGAAAGUUUCAUCGAAUGCUGGAAUCUUUGACCAAGCCAUCGACCGUUGAACCCGCUGCCAAAAAGAUCCCCGCAUCUCCGUCACCAGCUCGCGAGCGUCUUCCCGCAGAUCUAUCCAUCAAGAAGGUCCGACUGAGCGAUAAAGAUGAAAGCAACUUCGCGGCUGUCGGAAGGUCGAUAUUAAAAGCUCGAGCUAGCUCCAAAGGCUCUACCAUUUCGUCAGCAACACGCCCUAGCUUCGUCCCAUGGGACCGCGAACGCUUUUUGGAGAGAUUAGAGACCUUUCGCCGUGUCGAUCGAUGGUCUCCGAAACCGGCUGUAAUAAGUGAGGUUGAAUGGGCUAAACGAGGAUGGAUCUGUACAGAUGUUUCGCGAGUGUCGUGUGUGGGUGGCUGUGGCGGCUCAGUGGUUGUCAAAUUACCAGACGAACUUGACGAGUUGGAUGGAUAUGCUCUCGACAAGGUCCAGGAGAGGAAGGAAGUCCCUACGAUUCAUCGACUACCACUCACCAACACCGAUACGGCAAUCGCUAGUCUUCAGAAACGGUAUUCAAAUAUUUCAAAAAUUGCCGAUAAGCUACCGGCUGAGGAUAUUAUUCGAACACCCGAGUCAUUUAAUUUAGAUGAUGUCCUCAAGAUAUGGCCCCGAGAAAGUUUCAAAACCGGCGAUGGGUUGCGCUCCACAGAGUCUCAACGUGAGCAGCAGGAUCAAUCGCAGGAUCAAGAGUCAAGCGAAGAAAUUCGUGGAGAGAGCUCUCAGGUGGCACCUGCACCAUCGAAACCUAUCGACAGAGCUGCCUUUGCGCUAGCAUUCUUCGGCUGGGAUGCAGUUUCAAACGAAACGGCCGGCUUGGUAGGCUGCAGUGCAUGUUUUCGACGAUUGGGCCUGUGGAUGUACAAGCCGAAGGAUAAUGGGGAUGCCACGGUCUACGACGCACUGGACGUUGCCAAUGAGCAUAUGGAGUAUUGCCCUUGGAUCAGCGGGAAGGCUCAAAGCGGGACUGGCAGGGCAACAGAGAAGCAGGCAGAGCUAAGAAGCGGAUGGGAACUACUUGUUCAAGCACUCAAAGUCAAACACCGCCGGCAGGUCAGAUCAUCGACUUCCAUGGAUACCCUGCGUGCUGUCUCGGAGACACCCUCUGGUGACUUCCCGGUAGUGGAUGAGGUGAGCGAGGAACAAAAGAAGGCCAGUGAUCGAGAGUGGUGGGCGAAACUUCGGCGAAUGAGACAGGUGCUGAAUGUCAAGUCUCCUCAUGCAAAAAAGUCGGUUGUUCCGUGA